GCUGUAAAGAAGCCAUUCCAUUUUGCACCACAGUCGUAAAAGAUGCCACGAAAGAAAUCUGAAGAUUUUUAUAGAACUCAUGGCUUUACUGCCAAUUUGUCUAAUGGAAAAUACUCCGCAACAUGCCACUACUGCGACAGAGUUUUGCAAAAUACCGCGCUUUCGCGCCUAUCUUUACAUAGACAAACUUGCGAUCAAAAAAGAGGUAGAUACACGGAGUCUACCCGAAAAAAAAGCGAUGAGACGGACUCCUAUGAUGAUGCGCCUAGGAUCAAGAUUCAAAAAAUUUCGAGCGCCGAAGAUGACGAUUACGACAAUGCCACUGAGGGAAAGGAAAUUAUUGUAAAGAUCCAGCAAAUUCUUGACGCUGCCGAUGAGGAGAGUGGAGCGAAACGCCCGACUAUCAUAAAGUCCGAGAUACUGCAACAAAGUGAUCCCAAGGGUUUGAGUCAAGGACAGCAAGUCGAAAUACAGAUUUCAAAUGAAGACGGCGGUGGUCAAGACUACAUUGAAUACGUUAAUGAUAGCAAAGAGCUUAUUUCGCAGCACUACAUAAUACCGGAAAAUCUGGAUGACUCGGGCCAAGAAGCAACCACUAUUGUGCACAGGCCUAAAAACAAUUUAGCCUCCUUGCGAGCCGAGAAGGCACGAGCGGAAAUUAAACAGUUCCAGAGCAAGACAAAGUUUCUUAAGACGGAAACGGAAAACCUGAAAGUAGUUCGAACACUUACGCUUUUAAGAAUUCAAAAGUUGCGACUUGAAAUUGACGCUCUGCGCGCUCAAAAUUAAUUUUAAGUUAAUGUACACUUUUACAUGUCAAAAUUCAGUUAACUAUUUAUGUAAAUCGUGGGCCUUGUAGAAAUGUAUAGUACACAUUGCCAAAUGUACAUAUGUGUAUAGAAAUGUACGUAUAUGUAGUACAGAAUAUGGAAAAGCAAUUAACUAUCGAUAAAGUUAUUAUUUCAAACGUUAAA